AUGCUAUCUAUAGUGGUCUUUAUGCGUAGCCGUACCGCCAAGGAUGAGCUUUGGCUAAGGCACUUCGGCAUGCCUCAGAGAUGGCUCUUUCUUAGGCAACCGGCAAGCCAGAGCACCAACAUCAGCACAUGUUUCUACCAUAGCACUUCGUUAAAACGAGCAAAGGAUUGUGGCCAUAAGAGAUGGUAUGGCGUAAAAGCAAAGACAAAAUAUCCCCUUAUAACAUGGCUCCUGCGGUGCAUUCCUGGGAAUAAGGGCAGCAACAAAAAAGCAGAGAAUAAUAAAAUCUGCUUAAAAAUUGGCAAAGGCGAUAAUGAAGAUGACCGUGGGUUGCUUCUAGGCAUCUAUGCCGCCUCUCCGGCCCAAGCGGAUUGUGUCACCGAGGCAUGUGCCAAGGAACUCAUUGCAAAUCUCGAUUUGGUCUAUCGGCAGCAAUCGAAUUUUGAAUAUGCCCAUGCUGACAGCGAUGUCAGUGUCGAUAUAAUGCUGCGCACUAGCCUGCAUCGCUAUAACAACGCUUUGCAAAAGUUCGAUUGGCAAAAUUUCAAAGAUCCCGUUUUGAGGCGACAAUUCGAGAUCUUGUUGCGCGAUACCAAAUACCCAAAAGUCAAUGAUGAGUUUGAGAAAGCCACCACAACUUUGAAGACGGUGGCCAAAAAGAAAUUCACCUGCUCCCGUUUCAGUGCCAAUGAAUGCAAAAAGGUUUCGUUUAUACGCGACAUCAAGCCCUUCAUCAGCAACAAUGGAGAUCCGCAGGACAUCAAAUGGUAUUGGCGGGAAUGGCGCAAUCAUGUGCCCGAUGAUGUCAAGAAUGCCAUGAAAUAUUACAUUCAAUAUUAUCAGAAUCUGGCCACUCCAGCUAAAACACCCUCAGGGGUGUGGUAUGAGGCUUAUGAUGGCUCAGAUAUUCUGCAAGAUCUUGAAAGUUAUAUGGAUAAUAUUGGUCCUCUCUAUAGACAAAUGCAUGGCCAUCUGAGGCAAGCCUUACGUGAAAAAUUGGGCAAUUCUAGCAUUCCUUCGUCGGGCCUCAUACCUCAUCAUCUAAUGGAACAGGCUUUCUUCCAGGCAUGGAAAAAGGAAUCGGUGCUGGUGAAUCCCUUCCCUGAGAAGAAACUGCCCAAUUUGCAACAGGAACUCAAAGGCCAAUGGGGAGCUUUUGAUUUGGUGAAGACAGCUGGGCAAUUCUUUGAAUCCCUGGGUUUUGAAGCAUUUUCACAAGAAUUUCAAUCGAAAAACUUCAAGCCAUUUGACAAUCGUAACCAACCUGCUGGUCCCGACUGCAAGUCUCGCAUCAAUUACCAUGGUAGCAUUCAGAUGACCUAUUGCCCUAAGGUCAGCUAUAAGAAGCUAUUGACCACCCAUGGCGACAUUGCCCAAGUGGAAUAUGCCCUGCAGAAGAAUAAUCUCACUGUGGGCUUAAGCCGCGAAGCAUGUCCCGGUUUCAGCAAUGCCUUGGCGGAGGCCACAAUAUUGACGGUGUCAACCCCCAAACACUUGCAGCAACAUUUGCACUUAUUAAAGGAGUACGAUUAUGAUGGCGAAAUGCAUCUUAAUUUCUUAUAUAGAAUGGCCGUUCAUGCUCUAUUCUCCAUACCCACCUACUUUGUGCAUGAGAAACUUUGGGUGGACAUAAUCGAUAAGAAAAUCAAACCGGAGGAAUACAACUGCCAUUACUGGAAUCUUAUGGAGAAAUACAUGGGUGUUGGACCUUCGGAUCUUACCAAUCCCACUGCUUAUGAUAUGCCACCCAAAUUCUAUGAAGGUUUAUUGGAUGACAGGAGAAGCACCAAAAAACUUUUAGGAGAAUUUUUGGGUUAUCAAAUCUACAGUGACCUUUGCUUGAAAACCAAACAAUACCAACCGGGCAACAGUGAUAAAGCUCUCUUCAAAUGUGAUCUAACCGGCAGCAAGGAAGCUGGGGAUAUUCUCAAAAAUAUGAUGGCAGCUGGUUCAACCAAAACAUGGCGUGAUAUUAUCAAGGACUUGAGUCCUACACAGCAAACAAGUCUAGAAGGUGCAUCCUUUGUAGACUACUACCGCCCAUUACUUCAAUGGAUUGUCAAAGAUAAUGCUGCCAAAAAUGUUGAAGUUGGCUGGGCUUCAGUUGAACGUUAG